AUGAUAUUUUUCAAGUUGUCAAAAACAACAUUUCCAGUUCAAUUCGCUGUAACAAUAAUUGGCAAUAUACUAACAUUAUUUGUAUUACUCAGUGCUAAUAUGCGUAAUAGGGCAAAUCAUUUGCUGGCAGCACUGGCAUUAGCUGAUAUAGCUGUAUUCAUUUUCAUGCUACCUACCAGCUUAUCAGCAUUUCAAAUAUUUUAUGAAAGUUCAAAAUUUCGUAUUAUCUUCGCAAAUGCAAAACCACAUUUUGCCGCGUUUGCUAACUGGUUUUCAUGUGCUGCGAUUUGGUUUGCUUUGUACCCAAAAUGUUAUCCAAUUUUAUUUAAAAAUUUUUCACUUAAUAUUAUCAUUAUUAUUAAUGUUGUAGUAGAAUCAUUUAUAAUUACAUCAGUAAUAUUGCUAGUCACUUUCAUACUUACAAGUUAUCAUCAUUUUUCAUACCGCUGUGCUACAUUAUGGGUAUGCAAUAUGACUCAAGUAUACGUGAAAUGUUUAUCAAUAACGUGGAAUUGGACUGCAUUUGGUUUAGUACCAUACGAACAACCAUCAGACACAUUUGUUUCAUACAUCAAUACAAGUGCCAUCGCUAAUGCCCUUAUUGGUGUUAUAAUUCCUGUAUUUAUCGUUGCUUUUCUCAAUGUAUCAUUAAUUCGAUUACUACGAAUACGAACUCAACAAGCUGGAGCAGAAGAAUCAUUUGGUCCAUCAGCUUCUACUAACUUUCAUGAUCAAGAACGAAAAAUGACAGUAACCGUAGCAGCAAUUGUUUCAUGCUUUACCAUAAGCCAAUUACCAUCAGCAAUAUUAUUUCUAUAUGAAAAACUUGUCAGUGAUGCUAAAACAGAAACAUUUGCUAAAGUUUCUUGCAUAACUAAUUUUCUAGUAAUUACUGGAAAAAUGCUAAAUGUUGUGUUAUUUUGUUUGACGAGUGUCACGUUUAGGUAA